GGGAACUGCGGCCCGCUGAUUUGCUUCAACCUCGUCUCUCCUGUACUAUUGCGACGGCAACAUCCAACUCCGCCUCCAUUUACCCCGGCCGCUGUGGUGUUGAAUUAACCAAUCCACCCAUCCGCCUUCUUAAUCUUUUUUCUCGGAUCCCUCUCCGCACUCGAAUUACAACCACAACCCCGCGCCCGACCGCGAUCAUGGUUCACAAAGUACUCUUCUGGAGUGGCUUCGGCAUUGCCGUCCGCCUCUGGCAACUCGGUAUCGAGAUGCGUCCGAUCCUCGCCAAGGAAUCCCUCUGGGUCUACCCUCUUUUCGCCGGUGUUGGUGGAAGCUUUGGCUACUGGCUCCAGGGUGUUGAGAGCAGACAAUUGAAGAUGCUUGCACAGCGCCGCGAGGCCAUUCUCGAGAAGCGUCGGCGGCGGGAUGAGAAGCCCGAGGGUGGUGUCCUGGCUGCUGCAUCAUAAAGCAAGAGCUAUUAUGAUUGAGAUGGUCGUUGUGUGUAUGCGUUUUUCUAUUUGUACCAAAAUUCAACCGGUUUGAUAUCAGCUUUCAGGUCUUCGCAUUUAGUGGACAUUUCUUGCCACAGAUGCAUUGGCAUUUCUUAUCUUUUUGAUCUGUUCUACAAAAUUCUGGAUAAGAAUAGUCGGCUAAGAAUAGUCUUCAAUUGCCC